AUGGCCAGUCGCCACGUGGGUGGUCACGUCCACACCCGCCCGCGUGCAGCCGGACCGGCCCCGUCGGCCCUCCCCGCCCUGCGGGCAAUCCAGCGGGCGCUGCAGAGCGAGAGGCCGGAGCGCGAGAGGCGGGAGGCGGUGGAGGCCGCCCGGUGCCUGCUGGAGACGGCCGAGGGGCGCUGGCUGUUCGCCGCCGGCUGCCCCGGCGAGCGAGAGGAUGUGGUGCGGACCUACAGGGACGUGACCGUGUGCCUGACGCGGCGCUCGGCUCCGCCCGCAGGAGACCUCGGCGGCGGUGUCGGGGGUGAGACACCGCUGAGCGCCGCGGCCGAGAGCCCGAGCGCCGUGGCUCAGGUCCUCCAGCGGCUGGUCAGGAAGCUGCACGAGGAGAAGGGUCAGGACUCCCCCGCGGGUGCCAUUCUGGACGCUAUUUUGCCCCCACUGCUGCUGUUCUGCGCCGCCCACCAGCAGAACGCGCCCUGGAGCAGCCUCGCCUCGCGCCGGGCUGCCGGGGAGCUGCUGGCCGCAUUGCUGCAGGCAACGGGCUGCGCGACCGCCACCGAACUGCUGAGCGGGACAGCGGAGGCCGGGCACGGAGCGCUGGGGGCCGUCCUGAGAGAAAUGCAACCGCAAGCCGACAAAGAGACCGGGAAGCUGAACCCUGCCUCAGGCCGUGUGCUGUGCUGGGUGUUAGAGCGAGCGAGGAGUCCUGCACUCUCUCUGCAUCUGGACGCCGCUCUGCCCCCGGCCUUACUCCUCUCUGACGACUACAGGACAAACAAUAAGGUUCUGGGCGUGAGGUGUCUCCAGCACAUUAUUGUGAAUGUGCCUCCCGCGGAACUCCUGCAAUAUAACCGAGCCCAGGUCCUGUACCACGCUCUCUACAACCACCUGUACACACACGAGGUCUCGCUCGUACAGGCCGUACUGCCCUGUCUUCUCGCCCUCCUCCCUGUGCUGGAGGGACCGCCCGUUCCCGGGAAGCCACGCGCGCCCGGCCCCAGCGACGACACGCUCCGGCUGAUCCUCACCCACAUGGAGGCCGAAGACAAGAUCCCACUGCGGAGAGUUUACGCCUCCCACCUGCCCACCUUCACUGCCAGGCUGGGGAUCACUGUCCUCCGUCACUGGAAGAGGCUGCAGCGAGUUAUACUGGGCUACCUGGAGGUGGAUGAUGGUAGUUCGGAUGAGGCGGCCAGGCUUGGGGUUCUCCGCACGCUGGAGACCGUGAUCCAGCAAGCCUGGCCCAGGGUGUUUGGUGACAGGGCGAGGCUGUGGCUGGAGCCGUUGCUCAGGGCGUUGCUGAGGCUGGUGCUGGACGUGUGCGAGGGGGGGAGCGAGGCCGCGGGGAGCAGAGAGCAGCUACUACAGAGUGCUACUCGCUGUGUGUGUCUCCUUCAUCACUGCAGCAGCGAUACCGUGCCGCUGGUGUUGACGAGGUUGGUGUCGAGCUGUGACAGCCGAGCAGUCAGGACUUGGCUACAGGGAACACAACAAGAGAUCAACAGCAGCAGCUCAGGACGGCAGCAACUGGCUCCAAGGUGACAUGUU